AUGAAUCGCACGCUGGUCGAGUGUGCGCGUUGCAUGAUGGAACACGCUGGACUGGGAAAGAGCUACUGGGGUGAAGCAGUGAUGACGGCGAUGUUUCUUCGAAACCGCUGUCCAACACGUGCCAUUCACCAAGACAAGUCUCCAUAUCAAGUGUGGACGAUGAAGAAACCGAUUCUGGCCAACCUUAAAGUGUUUGGAUGCCACGCGUAUGUUCAAGUGCCUCAAGACAAACGCGCGAAGUUCGACUCCAAGUCAUCACUCUGUCGUUUCCUGGGAUACGCCGAACACCAGAAGUCAUAUCGAUUUGAGGAAGUGUCAACAGGAGCGAUCAAGAUCAGUCGCGAUGCCACAUUCAUGGAAGACAAGUUUGAUGAAGGUCCGCGCAACUACAACGAUGAGUCAAGUGUCGUUGAGUUUGAUGAUCAUGAUGAGGACGAAGAAAAAGAAGAAGGUAAAACUGACGACGACAUGGACUCGAGCGACGAUGACAACGAAGACACCAGGUCUUCGAAGAGCAACAUCAAGAGACACACGCGCACUCAAUCACUUGAGAAAGCUACCGUCAUUCCAAGUCCCAAGCGAAGAACAUACAGAGGUCCGUCGCUUGAGCAUGUUGGGGAAACGCCGACUACAUUCAAGUCGGCGAUGGAAUCAAGCGACUCCGGCAAGUGGAAAGAAGCGUGUGACUCGGAGUUCGAUUCGCUUCAGAGAAACGACACGUGGGAAAUCGUGCCUCUUCCGAAAGGUCGCAAGGCCAUCGGGUGCCGAUGGGUUUUUCGUGUAAAGGAGAAUCAAGAUGGCGAAGUUGAACGUUUCAAGGCAAGACUUGUGGCCAAAGGAUUCUCACAGAAAUUCGGAGUUGACUAUGAAGAAACUUUCGCACCGGUGGCCAAGUUCACAUCGAUUCGUGUGGUGCUCAGUAUGGCGGCUAAGUACGGCCUAAUGCUACAUCAGAUGGACGUCAAGACAGCGUUUCUUAACGGCUCCCUCAACGAAGACAUCUACAUUGACCAGCCGGACGGAUACCUGGAUGCAACACAGCCGGACUAUGUGUGCAAGCUAAAGAGAUCACUCUACGGCUUGAAGCAAUCGCCUCGCAUGUGGAACCAAACAAUCGAUGGGUUCAUGAUCAAGAUGGGAUUCAAGAAGUGCGAAUCGGACCACUGCAUCUACAUCAAGCGAGACGACCAAGACAUGAUUCUCGUGGUGCUCUACGUCGAUGAUCUCAUCCUGGCCAGCAGCAACAACGAACUCCUCAAGUCAACCAAGAUGGCGCUGAGCAAACGCUUCGAAAUGACGGAUCUCGGUGAGCUCGAUUACUUUCUCGGCAUGGAGAUCAAGAACGACCGUAAGACGGGAAUGGUGACUGUACAACAAACCAAGUUUCUCAAGUCCGUGUUAACAAAGUUCGGAAUGGAUAACAGCAAGCCAGUGAAGACGCCUCAAGAUCCCGGCCUGAAGCUAACCAAGAACAUGUGUGAACAAGAAUGCAAGCACGAAGACACCAUGUGCAACGUGCCAUAUCGAAGUGCUGUCGGAGGCAUCAUGUAUCUCAUGGUCGCCACACGUCCGGAUCUAGCUGCUGCAGUGGGAUCAUUAUCCCAGUUCUCGUCCGACCCAUGCCCGACUCACUGGCAAGCUUUGAAGCGUGUGCUGAGAUACCUGCAAGCAACGCCCAAUCAUGGUCUUGAGUUUACACGUGAAGAAGGAAGCCGUAUCUGCGGGUACACCGAUGCAGACUGGGCCGGCGACAUUGAGUCAAGACGAAGUACAAGCGGCUAUGUGUUCAUGAUGAGCGGAGGAUGCAUCAGCUGGAAAAGCCAGAAACAACGGACGGUCGCGCUAUCUUCAACAGAAGCAGAAUACAUGGCGCUUUCCGAAGCAACCAAAGAAGCAGUAUGGCUCAAAGUGCUUUUGGGGGAACUUGGUGAGAUGACAAGCGACGAAGCGAUCAAGAUGUAUGAAGACAACCAAGGAUCAAUCGCUCUCGCCAAGAACCCGGAGUUCCAUAAGAGAACAAAACACAUCGACAUACGCUACCAUUUUGUGCGUGAGAAGGUGGAAUCAGGUGAAGUCGUUUUGGAGUAUUGCCCGACUCAAGAUAUGCUGGCAGACAUGAUGACCAAGCCGAUCGCCGCUGUACAAUUUGAAAACAUUCGCGAUCGACUUGGGAUCCAAGGUGCCGCAGCUAACGAGUCGAGAGGGAGUGUUGAAAAGACAGCGGCUGUGAAGAAGACACCUCGUCAAGCUGCGUCAAGUGUUGAAGCAAGUGGAAGACCAAGCUUCGCUAUACCGGUGGGUACCGGUAUGUACCAGUAA